CGACUCCCUCAGGAUAUUUUUAGCGCUGAUGAUGUGCCCUGUCAAAUCACGUAACGGAAACAACCUCAGAGCUAAAAAAGCAGAGCCGCCGUGGAGAGCCCGCUUCGGUCCGGUUUUUAUUGCGAUCUGCAGGGAAAAGGCCGCGAGAAGAUGAGAUUUGAAGUGAAUUUGGUGUUUUGCGUGUUGGUGGUCCUUACCGGCUCAUCGCAGGCAAGAGGUCAGAGCAGUGCCUUGCCUCCUGUCCUCACCCUGGCUGCCCGCCCGAGUCAUGCUGGAAGCUCAGCAUCUCCUGACCUGACAGAGGAUCCUGGGAAUGAGGUCCCACAGCGGACACAUGAUCCUGCAGGCAAGGAUGAAACAUCAACUCAAACCACUACCAAGACCGAAGGGACAGUGCAUUCAGAGACUGCGACAAAUGCAGUAUAUAAAACACACACGCUGAACAAAAGCUCUGCAGUGGCUACAUCUCAACACACAACUGUACCUGUUGUCACAACCGCUCACCCGGCUACUCCUUCACCUUCAGCUGCUGCAGAUGGCCUUUCAUCCACACCGAUUGUACAGAGUACCACCCCCCCACAACACAUCUCAGCCACUGAAGGCAGAGCCCUUCUGACCACAGACCCCCUCACCACCUUUUCAUCUCUGCCAGCCCACUCGGUGCAGGAUACAAGCCCCACAGCCUACGCCUCCACCAUCCAUCCGCAGUCUGAAUCACUGACCACAGCCACCGCACAGCCAACAACCACAGGGCACCCUCUGACCUCAGCUCUAGGCCGGGAUCCUGCGGGGGCAACGCACCAGGAGGUCCCAUCUGAGCUUAAUGUUGGAGAUGAAGACCUCAAGGGGCCCCGCUACCAUUCCAGCUCCCCUCUGGACCCCCUGCUAGCUGGUCUGCUGUCCGUAUUCAUUGUCACCACCGCUGUCGUCUUCGUCAUCCUCUUCCUGAAGUUCCGCCAGCGGACAAACCACCCAGAGUUCCAUCGGCUGCAAGAUCUACCCAUGGAUGAUUUGAUGGAGGACACGCCACUCUCCAGAUACAGCUACUGAUGGAAGCAUCCUGUCAGUCAUUUCCACUACCAGAGAACAGACACAAAGUAGACACCAAAGGAAGACCAGUGUGGAUCAGAGAUAAGCUUUUGCCUGGAUGCAGAUGAAUUUCUGCAGAUGAGUUCCCCCUUGAGAGUUUUGGGUCAGUGAUAAAAAUGUUUAUCUGAGGUUCCACGAGAAAGAUUCAUAAGUGGGAGGUUUCAGAGCUUUUUUCCACAUUCCCUUUAAAUCUCCGGAGAUCUUCAGUCUGGUGGAAACUUUUUGUUUGAUUUCUCUCCUGAGGCGAGUUAAAGUACCUCUGCACCCCUGACUGACUCCUCAUGUAUGCACAGCACUUUACAGUGGCAUGAAUGGUUACAGUGCCCCCUAGGGGACAUGUGAGGUAAUGUGGAUUAAGGUUCCAUGAAGUCCUCCAGUGUAAUUAAUAUACAACCUCAGGUUAUCCAGCGAGAAAUAUGAGAGUGAGAAAUAAAUACAAAAUGAGAAUAUUAUGUGCUUUAAGACACAUGGGAAAGUUGUCAACAUGCCUAAAGUGAUUAAGGAAUAUAAAUUAUGAUCCCUUACGUCAGUGGUUCUCAAUCUUUUUGGUGUCACAAACCCCCAGAUUGAUAUACAUCAGGCCGUGGACCUGUAUUUGAUAAGAUGUAGUCUCAGGGAUGCCUGUCUGAUAAGAUUUAGUUAUUCCAUAACUUUCUAUACUGUAGAGUGUGAAAUAUGAAAUAACAUUGAAAUUAAAAUAUUCCCCAUUUCUCUGGGGAAGCACUAGAACCCAUUCAGGGCCCCAAGUUGAGAACCACUGCCUUAGAUGACCAAAUAUUAGUGAAGUGCACUUUGAAACCAAAUUGCCAGGUUGCACAUGUUGUAUUAAAACUGAGGUGUUCACACAAAAUUCACACAAAAUUCAAAAGCAAGUGAUUUUACAAUUCAAAAGCCAUAUCAUUGGAAAAACAGACCCACCAAUUCUUACAGUAGAAGCCGCUCAUUAUUCAGUUGUUCAAAUUUAUUAACCAAGUUACCCCAAAUUGUAUGUGGUAAAUAUGUAUUGUUACAGCCUAUUACUGUGUAGUUACACGUGUUGGCAUAUAAUACUUGAAUUUGGUUAUUCUGUUUUUAAUGAUGAAUGUUUAAUCCACCAGUGCACACUGAGAAGAGACCUUGCUACACUAAAUAAACACUUCUAUAUGAGUAAAUUGUAAUGGUAAAAUACACUAGUAUUGUUAAAUGUGUUAUAAAAUUCCUAUUUAUAAAGAUAUGUAUUUGUUUCUGCACAAGGUGUUCAUUCAGAUGCUUAAAGUGGAGACAGCGAGAAGAGGCACCACGGAGUUUUAACGUUUAGAUUGUCGUUACCUGUAUCUGUAGUAGCUGAAGUAUCAUGCAAAUGUGCUGGAACUACGUUUUUACCUAGUGUGUUCUGAGUUACUUUGACGUUAAGUGCCGACAGUGAUGUAUGAUUAUAUGCCUUUGAAAUGUGUGACUGUAAGAAUUUGUUGAUAUAAGUAUUUCCUGUUUGAUAAUAAAACAGAAACCCCAGUA